AUGGCAGAUUCAUAUAAGAUUGGUAUCGAGAUAGAAAUUCUCCUUACUCCAAACAGCCACGCUCCGCUGUCGGUAGAAGCGUUUGCGCAGACGCUGGUAUCAAAAUACCACGAGUUUCCCAGUCGAAUCCAUUCUAUACACUGUGACCUGGACCUGCUCCCCUAUGACGGUCCUAAUAGUCUUUCAGAGUGGAGCAUAGUCGAGGAUUGUUCUCUAGAUACGGACAACUCGCAACAAUCUGCCUUUGAGUUAACAUCUCCAGUAAUGGAAUACUCGAGGCCGACAUGGAAAACGUCGGAAGCCGCCUGGACCUUAGAGGAUCUUAAGCGCAUAUCUCGCGCCAUCAUUUACUUCGAAUCCUCUAUCGAGCUCGUUGUUCCCGAGCAUCGUCGGGGGAGUAUAUGGGGGAAGAACAAUCGCAGCGACAACUACCAGCUCGAAGGAUUGUCUGAUGUGCAAGCUUAUAGCCGGGUUGACGCUUGCACAACCAAUGAAGAACUAGUCCAGCUUAUGAAUUGCGGUAGCAACAGGAACUAUGGCUGGAAUUUCACCGGCCUGUUAGAUGGUGAUAACUUCACCAUCGAGUUCCGUCGCGGCCCCGGUCUCACUCGUGAGAUCGACGCUUUUCGAUGGGUAGAAUUUGUCGUUCGUUUUGUGAACAGUGCCAGAAAGACUGGGAAUCAGGGGCCACUUACCACAUACCGCCGGGAUGUUUCUGGGUUGCGCAACUUUUUGUCCGCCCAUGCCACUCCUGGUGGCUACGCAGAACUCGUUGACCCCUUUUUCGCUGGCAAGACAGUUUUCCUGGAACCGAGGAAGGUUGGACAGUUAACCGCCAUACAAACUGCGAAGGUCAUGGCAAAGAACGCUGAAAAGGACAGGAGGAAUCUCAUCUGGAAGAAAUGGAUGGGCGCUUGA